GCGCCGCAGGGAGGAGCGGGGCGGACGCGGAGCCGCGGUUAGUCUCGCGGGGAGGUCGUGAGCGCGUGAGGUAUCCCUUGCAGUGUCGCGCGCAGGUAGCUGCAGCAGCAGGAGCAGUAGCCGCCGUGUGAGGGAGCCAUGAAGCACUCUGAGGUGGAGAUUCUGGACGCAAAGACGCGGGAGAAGCUGUGCUUCCUGGACAAGGUGGAGCCCCAAGCCACCAUUGCCGAGAUCAAGAACCUUUUCACCAAGAGCCACCCACAGUGGUACCCCGCCCGCCAGUCGCUCCGCCUGGACCCCAAGGGCAAGUCCCUGAAGGAUGAGGACAUUCUGCAGAAGCUGCCCGUGGGCACCACAGCCACUCUCUACUUCCGGGACCUGGGGGCCCAGAUCAGCUGGGUAACGGUCUUCCUGACAGAGUACGCCGGGCCCCUUUUCAUCUAUCUGCUCUUCUACUUUCGGGUGCCCUUCAUCUAUGGCCACAAAUAUGACUUCACGUCCAGUCGGCACACGGUGGUACACCUCGCCUGCAUCUGCCACUCAUUCCAUUACAUCAAGCGCCUGCUGGAGACGCUCUUCGUGCACCGCUUCUCCCACGGCACCAUGCCCUUGCGCAACAUCUUCAAGAACUGCACCUACUACUGGGGCUUCGCCGCGUGGAUGGCCUAUUACAUCAACCACCCUCUCUACACACCCCCCACUUACGGAGCUCAGCAGGUUAAACUGGCGCUCGCCAUCUUUGUGAUCUGCCAGCUCGGCAACUUCUCCAUCCACAUGGCCCUGCGGGACCUGCGGCCAGCUGGGUCUAAGACCAGGAAGAUCCCAUACCCCACCAAGAACCCCUUCACGUGGCUCUUCCUGCUGGUGUCCUGCCCCAAUUACACCUACGAGGUGGGGUCCUGGAUUGGCUUUGCCAUCAUGACACAGUGUGUCCCAGUGGCCCUCUUCUCCCUGGUGGGCUUCACCCAGAUGACCAUCUGGGCCAAGGGCAAGCACCGCAGCUACCUGAAGGAGUUCCGAGACUACCCGCCCCUGCGCAUGCCCAUCAUCCCCUUCCUGCUCUGAAUGGCUCCCCCUCACCCAGGCUCAGCCAAGCCAGGCUCGUGUCCCCCCGCUCCAGUGUCAUUCUGGGCGAGGAGUGGGAACCACUGCUCUCCAGCGUCUGGAAUAAAACCUGCCUGCCCAGCUGGA